AUGGGACACACACCUUCCUUGGACACUCAGGUACGAGCCCUCGGAAGGGCGAUGGCAAAGCCAGAAGCAGGAUACCAAGAGGCACGACAAGCACUCUUGGAUGCCAGCAAUGAACAUGCUCUCUUGGAUGUGGCUGGCAUUAUUGCUUGGCAUUCUCUCAUCUCCAAAUGUGUGGAUAUGUCUGGCUUUUACUCCGAAAAGGUUCCAAACAUUAUUGGCAAACUUGCGAAGAUUGCUAUUGUUACCCGCGCUAUUCGAGAGAUCCUGUUGCUUUUGCCACGCUUGCUCUUGGCCUUGUUGGCAGGUGGAGCCAGUACCAAGAAUACCAAGCAGUGCUAA